GAGGAUAGAUACUGGGAGUGGGAGGGCAGUGGAGGGAAGGACCACAGAGUGGGCCCUCGAAGGAGUCGGGCGUCAGUCGCGCGGCACGCGGCGCACUGUUCGCACGUGGGUGUCGCUCUCUCUUUCUCUCUCUUUUUCGUCGAAAAGGGUGCGCAAGUGUGUAUUUGCGACCCUUCUGGGAUUAACGCGACUGACCUCGCCGCCGAGAACAGGAAAUGACGUCGUCGUCGCGGAGAUGAUAGCGCGAAUCGCACCGUUUGCAGCAUUGUCGGCGGAUGGACGUGCCAGCCGCUGGAAAGCCCGAAUCCGGAGGAAAGUACGAAGAAGCCGGUAAUCAUCGCCGUCGUCAUCAUCGCCGCGGGCGGCGCAGGACAAGUGAGUUGACAAAAGUCGGUCGAUUCACGAAAAGGAAAAGGGAAAGGAAGAAGCGCGGAGCAAGUAAGUGAGCAACGACACGGAGCAAGUAAGUGUGCAACGACACGGAGCAUCAGUUAAUCACCGUCGUUGCGGUCGAUCGAGGCGAACGAAGAAGAGGAGCGAAGAAGAAGUGGGAAAAAAAGGAAGCAGGAGGAGCACACUCAUCGGUGGGAGAAACGAUCGGUGAAGGAGAAAAAUCUCAGUUUGCCUCUGGAGACGUAGACGACGUAGACAACGUCCGACCACGUGAAUGUGUCACAGAGAGUGAUCGCCAAUUCAUUCAUUCAUUGGCGGCAUGCGGUAGACGCUAAUCUCGAUCGAGAAACACCAAUUAUAGUGACGUUUUCUUACUCGCGAAUUAUUUUCGCGAAUACUGAAUUGAAAGAUUACUUGAUGGCUCUUCUUUUUUUUUUUUUUUUAUAUAUUUUGUAUCUUUUGAGAGAAUCUUGAAGAGGCCGACGCGGGUAUUUAUAUUUUGAAUACUUCGCAUUUUGCGAAUAACUCGAGGAGAUUAUCCGAGGAUUAUCUAACGAUUGAAGGAAUUAUUCAGUGGAAUUCCUGUUUUGGCUAUCCCAUGCUUUGAUCGUCCUGAACGGAUUCUCCGAAUCACUCAUCCGGGUGGAAUCUUCAUUCCCACUGCGUCGUGUUUCGUGGUUAGAAGAUCCUGAAGAGACUCGAGAGACCAGCCGGUGGAAUCUCGAUCUGUUCUACUUCGCGCGCACUUUGAUUAUUCCGAAGAGAUCCCAAAUUGUCGGUGGAAUCUUCAUCUUUGCUACUUGAAUAUUCCAAAGGGAGUCGAAGUGUCAUUAUUACUCACGGUGUGUGAUCUCGUCGGUAUAUUCAACUUUGACAGUGACAGUGCCUUCGUUUCUUUUAAUCGUUAUCGAGUUUACAAUUUCGCGUGAAACUCUCGGUCGUGAAGAACAUCGGAACGAUAUCUCGCGAGUGUUUUAUCGCGAGUGGUAUUGCAUCUUCAUCUUGGGGAAAAGCUGGACAGAUGCGCUCUGUUGCGAAGAUGAUGCGUCACGUCCUCAUCGCUGCCCUUCUUGCUGUGCUCGUCAACGGAGCACCGAGAUCAUCGAUCAUCUACGCGGACGACAAAGUGCAAAAUUAUCUUAUGAAAUUCGGUUAUUUACCCCAGACUGAUCUCGAGACAGGAAAUCUACGGACGGAGGACCAGUUAAGGGAUGCUAUAAAAAAUCUGCAGAAAUUCGGUGGUAUUCCCGUAACGGGGGAGAUCGAUAAGGCAACGAGAGGAUUAAUGAAAGCCAAGAGAUGCGGACUGCCGGAUCAGCCGGAUCCCAGAUUCAUCAGAACGAGGCAUAAGCGUUUCACCAUCCACGGACAACAAUGGCAGUACCGAAAUCUCACCUGGAGUCUGAGAUCCGAGCAACCUAGCGGUCUAGACACAGGCGGGGUCCGACUGGAAUUGAGCAAGGCCCUCGACCUCUGGGCCAGAAAUUCGAAGCUCACCUUUCAGGAGAUCAACAGCGACCACGCUGAUAUUCUGGUCUAUUUCCAUCGGGGUUAUCACGGAGAUGGAUAUCCGUUCGAUGGCAGAGGUCAGAUCCUGGCGCACGCGUUCUUCCCGGGCAGGGAUCGCGGCGGGGACGCUCACUUCGACGAGGAGGAGAUAUGGUUGCUGGAGGACGAUAGCAACGAGGAAGGCACCAGUCUGUUCGCGGUGGCCGCUCAUGAAUUCGGCCAUUCCCUGGGACUGGCGCACAGCUCAGUCCAGGGUGCUCUCAUGUAUCCCUGGUAUCAAGGACUGAGCCCCAACUACGAGCUGCCGGAAGAUGACCGGCAUGGGAUUCAGCAGAUGUACGGUGCUCCCGAGGGCAAGCUAUGGGGCAACAUACCGGGUGGACCACUGCCACCGGAACGACCGCCACCGCCACCCCCAACGACGACGACAACGACGACUACGACAACGACGACAACGACGACAACAGCCGCGACGACGUAUAGGCCCUGGAGGACGAGGCCUACCAGGCCUAAUCAUUAUCCGGACGACGGCAGGCCUCGACAACCGGAUCGUUAUCCGCAGAAACCUGAAUAUCGGCCACAUAAACCCCAUCGUCAUCAUACGACAUGGUCGACGACGACGACGACAACGACGACGAUGAGGCCUACGCCGAGAUUCAGACAUCGAUGGACCCCACCGCAACCGGAUGAUGUGCCCGACAAGUGCGACACUAGCUUUGACGCCAUCAGCAUCAUUCGCAGGGAGGUCUUUGUUUUCAAAGGACGGUAUCUGUGGCGAAUAGGCGAUCAAGGAAUCUACCAGGGAUACCCGGCGAAGAUCAUUAGGCUGUUUAACCUACCGCCUAAUAUCGAUCACGUUGAUGCCGUGUAUGAACGUCCGGACAAGAAGAUAGUCUUCUUCGUCGGCCGUGAAUAUUACGUCUUCGACGCCAUCAAUCUGGAGCCGGGUUAUCCAAAACCGUUGACGAAUCUGGGAUUGCCAGCCUCCUUGGAGAAGAUUGACGGCGCUAUGGUGUGGGGUCACAACGGCAGGACUUACUUCUUUAGCGGUUCCAUGUAUUGGAGAUUCGAUGAAUCUGUUAAUUACGUGGAGCUCGAUUAUCCAAGGGACAUGAGCAUGUUCGCUGGCGUUGGGAAUGACAUUGACGCCGUUUUCCAAUGGAAAAAUGGCAAGACGUACUUCUUUAAGGGUAAAGGUUUUUGGGAGUUUGACGACCUCAGGAUGAGAGUGGCCCACGAGAAACAGAAAUUAUCAGCGCCGGUCUGGAUGGGCUGUCCGCCGCCGGAAGUAGAAACCAAUGACAUAGAGACUAAUCUGCCUAGGAAGUCGAGGAUUGUCUCGGCUUCCGCCGGAAGAACCGUGCCGAUACUCGCGAUGAUCAUUGCUAUCUUUGUCACGAGAACAAUAUUAUCGCUGUAAUACAAGUGUCCUUCUAGCCGCCGACAAACGAUAUUUCGUACAGGAUUUUCGUGAAAUACGAACAUCAGAAUUCGAAUUUUUCAGAUCGAUGUCGAUGAAAAUUGGAAUAUGAAAAAUAUUUUUGACCAUUUUUCUAUAUCAUCUUUUUACACGGCCGCAUUUAUAUACCAAGUAAUUAACAUAAGAUGUAAUUUAUAUUGCACGAUGGACGAACAAUUGAUCCUCAAAAGAAAACGUGAAUUCUUGAGGAUAUUUUACAGACAAUCUUGCGCGCGAUUCUAGCGAUUACAAACUACCACUGCCAAAAAAAUCCAUCCAACAUUUUUCCUUAUUCUUUUUGCUACAGAGAUUUUAAAUCGAGAUAGAGAAAUCCUUGUUGUUCCAAGGAUCAAUAUGCGCCAUCGAUAAGAAACUUCGCAUGACCUUCCGUAAAUCGUGACGCGAUUAUUAAUUCGGAAUCUCUCUCUAGGCGAGAUAUCUGAUUCCGACAAGAGCACGUAUUUUAUAUAAAUAUUGUAUUAAUUAUUAAUAUCGCAUAAUUUAGCGAAAAAGGACAUAGGCAAAACGCAGUGUCGCCAGUUUUGUAAACUGUGAUAUUUAUAUACCGCGCGCGAUAUCUCGAGUAGUUAGUGAUAAUGUCAAAAAGGAGUAGCAUAAAUGCAAUUUCGCAGAUUUAUAUAUGUAUAUGGUGCAGUGUAUCCCUGAAAUGCUUGUAUGAAUUUUGUGGGCGUAUCUUUAAAUUACAAUUAGCCUGAAGUUGAUUUUGCCUCAACCCAAGAUUUCAGUGUUUUUUAUAUUAGAGGCGCUUAAUGAAAAAAUACUUUAGGAUAGAAAUGAAUAAACAGGAUCUUAUCCCGCAUUUUGAAUCUUGAUUGAACUUUGAUUCGACAGAAUUUUUUAAAUCGAGACUUCAAUAAUCGUGAAUAUAAUUUUCAAGAUCAAUAAAUAGAAAAAGAAUGGCGUCUGUAAUUAAAUUUUUGUAAGGAAGAGAUCGACUUCAGAUUAAUCUCGAAAUACGCUUGCAAGGUUUAUAUUAAUAUUUCCAUAUAAAUAUACACUCCCGUAUAUAUUUAUAUACGUGUUAUAUAUAUAUAUAAUAGUUAUAUUAAGCCGUGCGUGUUGCAGAAUGUAUCGUAUGUUUGUAAAGCGUGCAGCAACGAGACGGGGACAAACAAUACAAACGAUAUUAUACUUCUCUGUUAUCGAUUAACUCGAUGAUUUUGGUUGAGUGUAUCUUUGUUAAGACUACGACAAAAACGAAAUACAUCAAAGCAAUGUAUCUCAUUUGCAGUUUAACCAAAAGCAUAAGACGAGAAAAAAUCCUUCCCUUUGUUUAUUCCAAACUUAAGAAAUAAUUAACGUAAAAUGUGUAACGUUAUAUGCUAUAUGUAUUUUAUAUUGUAAGUUCGUGCUUUAUAUGUGUAUAUACGGAAAUAAAGUGACUUUGCCGAACAAA